GAAAUUCAAUUAUAUUUAUUAAAAAGGGAGAAUACAAAGUGACCAAGCAGGUAAAUAAUGUAAAAUCCAUUUGCAAUCCCUGGAAGAUUAAUUUUAAAACAUUUAAAAGAAAGAAUACAAUGAUUAUCAAAUAGUUAAGUCACCUGAAUGUAGUGCAUUAAUUACAUAUAUACAAUAUAUUUUUUUAAUUAUUUUGCUCAUAUUGCAUAUUUAUUUCGAUCUGAAUAUGCUAUUUUUAAUAACUUUGCGCCAUCAUUUUUUAUUGUAUUGUUUUUUAUUUUUAAUUAUAUUUUUACUUGAAUCUUUUUGAACAGUUUUCAGUUUUGAGCUCAAGAGUCAAACUUCAAGCUGUGGAUGGAAGAAAUAUGCAACACAAAUCAGGAGCAAAUAAAUUAUCAAUGCAGUUUUCAUGACAUGAUUAUAAAUCAAUAAAUACAGCUUGUCAAUUUUUGCCUCUGGGACUCAAAGCCAUUUAUUUCCUGCUGUCUCUCUCUCUUUUUUUUCAACCAACACACACACACACACACACACACCAUUUGUACCCCUCCCACUGACAAAUGCUGCUCCAAGUCAGCCGGUGGAAUAAAGUUUCACUUCUCGCCCGCUCUGCUCCCAACGAUGCGUUCUUCUCUCUACCUCCUGGCUUUCCUCUACCUGCGCUCCAGGGCAUCAGCUGAGUGGUGUUACCAGAGCCAGACCUGUGAUGACACAUGCAAAGAACCAAGCCGCUGGGCAGCUCUGUUUCCCAGAUGUGGAGGUUUAAGCCAGUCGCCAAUUAACAUCGUAACCAAUAAAGUUCAUUUCAGCAGCGCCCUUCCUCCCUUCAGCUUUUUCGGACACACCGACUUAAUCAACAUCACAGUAGAGAACAAGGGCCACUCUGCUCACUUUGCUUUACCACAGUCAGUGCGGCUGACCGGAGGAGCUCUGCCGGGUCACUACAGAGCGGCCCAGUUUCACUUCCACUGGGGAGGGAGUGGGACGAAAGGAUCAGAGCACACCAUUGAUGGAGAAAGAUUUCCAAUGGAGUUGCACAUAGUCCAUAUUAAAGAGCCUUACAGCUCUCUGGAGGAAGCAGAACACGAUAUGGCGGGUAUCGCUCUGCUCGCCCUCUUCUUUGAGGAAACAGCAGAUGAUCAUCCUCAUCUAGAUACAAUAAUUGCUGCUCUGGGUCAAGUACAAAACAAUGGCAGCAACACAGUGAUUCCAAACUUUAGACUGAGUAAUAUCAUCCCGGCAGCCGCCGAGCUUCACAGUUACUACCGCUAUGUGGGCUCCAUGACAACUCCAGGAUGUGAGCAGGCGGUUGCAUGGACAGUGUUUCACAGGAUGCUGUCAAUCAGCAGUCGACAGCUGGAUGCUAUAGUAAAACAGUGCAGAUUUUGGACAGGACAGCCCAUGACAAACAUCUUCAGACCCACGCAGCCUCUGGAUGGCAGAGUCGUUUACAGCUCCAAGUCAGGCGCAGCUCAGAAGAGGGCGAACCAAAUGUGGUUUGUCGUCCUCUCAGCUCUGUUCAUGCCAAUGAUCCUGAUACAUAUUAUUUAGAACAUAUAAUCAUAUAAUAGAAAAAUCAAUUUGUUUCAAAUUACACAGCCUCCAAUAGAUUUUAUGUCAUGAUUCCUAUGACAAGUUUUCCUGUUACUCUUGAAGAAAACAAUUCAUACAGCAUGACUGUGCCACCAUCUUCCAGCAAAGAUAUGGUGUAUGUUCGGUGUUUUUAUUUUUAAAUAAAAGAAUCGCCAUUUUAUUUCUAUUUUUAGAUUUUAAAAUAAAGACGAACAUUAAACUUUUACCAAAAAAAAGAGUAUGUUUAUAUUGUCUUCAAUAAAAUAAAACAUAUUUAUGCAAAAUCACAUAAACAAAUAGAGUUCAAUGCUGCAUGUCUUUCAGAAAAAAACACAGUAUCAGAAAUUUUCAGGUGUAUAAUUUCAAGCCUGCCAUAUGUGCAAUAGGAGUCAACUUUAUAACAAUAAUUCAGAAUUAUUUUGGUUGGAUCAUGGAUCUUA